GUGCCCGGAUGUUACCAGGUCCUUAUAAACAGUGGCUGUAGUGGCGCGUGGUUUUUCGCUGUGUUUCUGCUGUUUGUGUCGGAUCGUGGUGUGAGCGGUGCUGUUGCUGUGCGGAUCGUCAUCAUGGCUGGGGGUAAGGCUGGCAAGGACUCUGGCAAGUCCAAGGCAUCAUCUGUUACCCGAUCAUCCAGAGCUGGACUGCAGUUUCCAGUGGGUCGUAUCCAUCGGCUUAUGAAGAACCGAACUACCAGUCAUGGGCGUGUUGGUGGAACAGCUGCAGUUUACACAGCAGCUAUACUGGAGUAUCUUACUGCUGAGGUCCUUGAAUUGGCAGGCAAUGCGUCUAAAGAUCUGAAAGUAAAGCGUAUAUCACCACGUCACUUGCAGCUUGCCAUCAGAGGUGAUGAAGAACUGGAUGCCCUUAUUAAGGCUACAAUUGCUGGUGGUGGUGUCAUUCCUCAUAUUCACAAAUCUCUAAUUGGCAAGAAAGGACAACAGAAGACUGUUUAGAUGAACAAUUAACUUUGUAAUAUGGUUAUGGACUUAAGAUUUACUUGUCACUGGCGUUACAAGACAUCUGGAAUCUAAUUGUAACCAAUUAAGUUUUGGCUUCAAAGAAGCCAGAUUUGCAUGGUCAGUUAGGUUUUUAAAGUUUUUUUAAAUUCUAACUAUAUACUUGUAUGCAUUGAUUUUGUAAUGGUUUUGUUAUUUUUAGGUAAACUAUUGAAUAAAAUUAGACGAGAAUUUC